AUGAAAAAGAAACAAGUCUCUUUUAGUAACCAACUUGAAUUAGCAACUAUUGAACCAAAUGCACAGGUUCCGAAUUUAUCCGUAACACAAGAUUUGCCCAUGAAAAAAAUCUAUAAUCCUUUGGAUCUAUCAACAAGUUCUGAUCCAACAUUAUUAUUACCGAAUUACUUAACCAUAUCGGACAGCAAGUUUAAAGAAAUGUUAUUAACAUCAACGUCAAAUAAUAUGAAUACCGAAGCACUUAGUGAAUUAUUGAAUCAAAAAGAAAUAUUAGUAUUUAUCCGUCAACUUACACAUCUCGUCAAUAAAUUAAACUAUACUCAAUUACAACACGAACAAUGGUCUUACUAUUAUAAUUUAGGCAUGACCGAAGGUAUCUGGACCGGUCGAGUGUCGAAAAAAAUGGCUGAAGCUAAUUCAAUGUGUUACAGUUAUGGUCGAUCAAAAGUAUUAAUUAAACAACGUCUUGCGAAAUACAAACAACAAUGUCCACAAAUCCAAGAAACUAUUAAUCAACAUAUGAAACAAAUACCUCCCAAUAUUGAUAUGACACUUGUUACAAAUAUGAUCAAUAGUUUAAUACAAAAAGAUCAACAUCAACUUCGUCUUGAACUCGGCAGACGUAAAACCAUGCUCCGAUUAGAUGCCCAAGCACAUCAACUCGUUGAUCAUUUUUACACAUUGAAGCCACGGCAAACAGAGGUGAGCAUGCAAACUGUUCACAGAUAUUUACAAUAUACAUAA